AAGUUAUAAAAAUUGUGAAGUUAUUAAAAUUAAAUUAGUAAGAAAAUUUGAUUCGAGUUUGCAGUCGUAAAUUUCGCUCUUCCGUUUGACUUCAAUCAAAAUGUCUGAUAAGAAAGGAAAAGCCAAACCUACUUUGAUUUCUCUCUCUUCUUCCGAGGAAGAAGACGAAACAGAAGAAGAAGAUGGUGACGAUGAUGAUUAUGAAGAUAAAAGCUUUUCCAGUUCCAGUGGAGAUGAAACUGAGGAAGAGGAAGAGGAAGAGGAAGAGGAAGAGAACGAUUCGGACGAUAAUGAUCGGACCGAGAACGACGAUUCUCUCUGCAAUGGAGUUAUCACUCUUCUCAAAGAAGGAGGUGACUUAGAAAGCUUGAGCUUGAAACAACUCAAAGCUUAUUUGAGAAACCAUGGCCUCCGAAUCACAGGCACUAAGGCAGUGUGUCAACAGAGAAUUCUUGAGCAUUGGAGAAUAAAAGAUGGGAGAGCUGAAGCCUUAUAUCCCAGGUCAUCGUUUUUCAUCAACUGUACUGGUGAUGUUUGUAAAGGAGAUGUUGUUUUGUUUACUCAGAAGGUUUAUAAGAAGUUCAAUAAAAUGACUAGGCGUGGAAAACUUCUGGGGAAGAGAACUAUUGCAGGAAGGGUUGUGAAGGAAAGCUAUGGCAAAGCCAAACAACAACACACAUUUACGGUUGAAGUAUUAUGGAGCAAGGGGAGUAAAAAAUUGCCUCCAUUAUUUCCUUUGCUUGUAAAGGGUCGAAACCUUUAUAAUUUGAAAACUUACAGACGGCAUUGGAGUGAUGAGGCCGAAAGAAAACAUGUACUUGCCGAGAAGCACAAACGAGGCAACGCAGCAAGACUGGUAAAAGCAAUGAAAAGAACGAGGAAGUGGUCUACUGAUGUUGGUACAAAAUGCCAAAAGCAUUCACAUCAAUCAAGACCAUCGAAAAAAAGAAAAACUACUGAACCAGACAGGGGAAAGAUUAAUAACCCACGAAGAAAAACCCCUAUUCCAAGGUGUCCAAGUAUGGGUAACAAUUACCAAGUGUCUUCUCCAGUUGGAAAAGUGAAAAAGAAGCAAAACUCAAGGUUAAGAGUCUCUAAUACCUCUUAUAGUUAUGAAAAGCCCGUUCAUUUUGCUAAAGAUACAGGUGCCUUUCAUCAUUCAUAUGCCGGUACUAUCCUAAAUCCAUAUCAACCUCAACGAAACUUUAACCACCAGAGUGCACCUCAUGGGUUUUCCAGCUAUAAUAUCGGAUCUACUUCAACAAUGGUAAGGUCAUUGCCCUUUAGACCUUAUGUAGAUCCAUGGACAAUACCUGCUUCUCAAAACCAGCAGUUCAACUGACAAAUACAGCCACCAUCCCAACUCAAAUCCUGGCUUUUGCAAUAGAUAAAGGAAUUUGAUCCAAUCUCCAGAUUUGAUGAAUGUUGACAGGCAGUUAUAAUACUGAUCACUUUCUGCAGUGAAGGCGUGUAAAUGGACGCAAAAUUUCUUUUGACUCAAUUUUCAUUAGGAUGCUACAGUGCACAAGCAACAGCUGGAAGUUACCUUCUCAGCAUGAAAGAUAAAUAGGAAACGAACAUCUUCUGCACUUUUCAUUCUAUGAAAUGGUAAUAUGGUUGAACAAUGCAAUUCUUUGCAUAUAUUUUGCGCACUUUUUAUGGCCACAAAUUUUUUUCUGUUGAUAUUUUAGUUUUACAGUGUAGAUUAAAUAUGUGAAGAUUUGCUUGACGGAUGGUUGAUCUAAACCGAUCAACUAUAACUCUUUGUAAGCAAUAUACUGAUAAUUUUGUUGUUUUAUAGCAGUUAGGCCUUAUUCAUGCCAAAGAUUAGGCAUUGAUAGCCACUGCUGAUGGUGACCCAUGGAGUUACCUGUUCCUGGAUAAGACUACUGAUGGCUGAGCUAUAUGCAUGUCUGUGUUUCGAAUUUUUUU